AUGGCCCCACCGGUAGCAGAUGAAGGUGUAUACAAGCGUCCGCCACCAGGACAGCCGCUUCCAAUCCCCAAGGGCGUUGACCUGGAGCUCUGGCAUCUGUUCACAAUGGUCGACCCUCACCAGUUGAAGAUCAUCAACGCUGUUCAAUUACGCGACAUAAUCAACCAUGGUCCCUGGCCACCACUAGAAUAUCAAACAGUCCGGAUCCUCUUCAACGUCUACGACCGCACCGGCAAGAAUUUCAAAUUCGAAGACUUCACCGCUCUCUGGGAUCUCGUCAACGAAUGGGUCCAAGUCUUCCGCGCGAAUGACCAUCAUGUGGAUGAGGCUGAGUUCGGACAUAUCGAUCGGCAGGAUCUGAGGAAGGUGCUGAAGGCGUGUGGGAUUGCUGCUUCGGAAAAGUUCUUGACUUCGCUUGUGACGAAGGGGUAUCAGGAGGAGCGUGCACUUGGGUGGGACGACUUUAUGCGCUGUGCGGCUAAAGUGAAGCUCAUGCAGGAUGCAUUCAGAAAGAUCGACAUGGACAAGGACAACUGGAUCACUAUCAACUACGAUCAAUUCCUCGAACUCGUCAACAACAGCAGCAUUUAA